UAAAGGGUUGAUGAGAGUCUCGAAGGGAAGCAAAAGGCGGUUGAGAUGGCGUCGAUAAUUAAGGGACAAAUCAUCAAGCAUCUCUCAAAAUUUGCCAAGAACCUGUCGCAGGAUAGGAUCCGUCUGAGCACGCUCAAAGGCGAGGGGAAUCUGUCGGACUUGGAGCUUGAUGAGGAUGCUCUGAUGGAGGUUCUAGAAUUCCCGUCCUGGCUGGUACUCAACAAAGCGGUGUGCAACAAACUCUCCGUCAAGAUUCCCUGGACCAAGUUGAAAACACAUCCAAUCUGCAUUUAUCUGGACCAGGUGGAGCUGGAAAUGGCCACAUGUCGGACUCUACGGGAAACGGUCGACACGCUGCAAGACACGGCAAAGCAAGUACCUGUGAGUAGGUAUGGGUUUGCUGAGAAGGUCGUUGAUGGCAUGUACAUUCACAUCAACUCGAUAACGGGCACGCUCAAGUCGGAUACAUUCCACAUCAACCUACAGAUUGCCCAACUCAUUGUUCAGAGCACAACUCCCAACUGGAAAGCGGCAGACCUGCGCUACAGCCGCAUCAAAGACUCCAAUCGGGAACAGAUACUCACCUUCAAAGAAUUGGAAUGGUCCACCGUGCGCCUGACAUUAGAUGCGAUUGAAACUGACAAGGAACGGCCCACUACCCCAAUUAGGUUGAUCACUAAUCAAGGAAAGGUGCGGGUUACCAUCAAGAAGCGGGAGGUCGACUGCAGCUUGGUGACGUCCAAGCUUCAGAUGCUGCUGGACGACAUCCUAUGGGUGCUGACCGACUCCCAGAUGAAAGCCGUCAUACUUCACAUCCGCAGCCUCAUGCCCGUCAUCCAGAAAGCGGCCAAUCUCAGUAAAGCGAGGGCAGCUGAUAAAGGACAGCCCGCCACUGCGCCAACCCAAGACAGCCCAGCAAGCCACGCCGCCCACAACAUCAAAACGCAAAAGGAGCUACAAAGCCUGCAGUACUUUGAAAAGUACGACGUGCAGGAAACCUCCUAUCACUUAUUCACCCGGAGCAUCGACCUGCACCUGUGCGAUGAGAUGAACCAGCCGGAAAAAGAAAAAUUCAAGCGGCGCGUGGAGAACGGAGCCAUGCAGAUCGGUCUACAUGGGUUCUCACUGGACUACUACCCUUUUCACACAGCGAGCAGCAGUAGGGAGCACUGGGAAUUUUACGACGACUCCAUGCGCACCUCGGACAAGUGGAUCCACACGCUACUAGCGCACCUGAAACAACAGUACAAGUACGCAGCCGACCACAUCGCAAAGCAGUCAGCGGGCAAGGGACAACACAAGGUCCCAGGCCAGAGCUCAAAUAAAGGAAAUACAACACCUCCACCCAGACCAGCAACCGGGCCCAACACAAAGGUCAAACCCCAGGACUCAGACCAUGUCAGAGGUCGCCCAGAUGUCAAAGGCCAGCAGUUCAAAGCUCCCCAGGGUCAGCCGCCUAAGGCGACACAGGCCAAGGGCCAGACCGCGACCCGGCCAAGGUCAAGGGUCAAAUUGAUGUCCCACAGCAUGGUGGUCAGGAUACGCGACUUCAAGUUCCACAACGUAGCGGUCGGCAAGAGCGCCGGUCAGCACGCCAAGGCCAAGACAUUCUUGCUCCAGUCGGACAAGAAAACCUUCUUCUUGCCCAGCGAGAUGCCCUCCUUGCACAUCGAGUACACGUCUUUCUAUUUUCCGGACGAACUGAACUUCCCAGUGCCUUCCCCUAUCCUCUACGUCCAGCUCAAUCCAGUGCAGUUUCGUCUGGACUACACUUCCAUCCUUUGGUUGAACCAGUUCUCCUGCAAUAUUCUCCAAACGCUGCCUGAUGUUGACGAGUACAGCCAGGGUGUGGUGUCGGAAGGGAGGGAUCAUACUGAUAUACGUCUGGAUGCACUGAUGCCAAAGGUUAUUUUACCGGCAGAGGUCCCUGUCUUAGGCCAACCAGAUCGACCUCCGGAACUUCACAUCCAGAUGUCUCAGGUCACUGCGACCAACUCCCGAGUCGGCACAGGUUCCACUCGUCCCGAUCUCUCCCAUGUCCUUCAAUCUCUGAACACCAAGAAACUCUUCAUGGGCAAAACCUCCUUCCCGAACUCAGCCAGCGACCUGAAGACAUUACCCAAGCUGUUUUGGGAUCAUGCCUACCAGGCAAACUUUAUCCUGCCCCGCGAGUGCGAACCCCAGUUCCCAGUCGCCAACGGUACCCUGCCUAACCAGUCUAGUGACCAUCAACCCAGUCCGCCCCAGGCUUCUGCGCCGGGAAUCAGCCAACUCACGACUCACGUGUUCAGAGCUGACGCCGUAGAUGACGUGUGGAAUGUCAAGAUUGAGCAGAUCUGGGCCGACUUUCAGGGCGUGCCCAGCUCCCCGGAUCGACCUGUGCCAUUGGUCGACCCGAUCCCGCUUAGCCUAUGGCUGUGCUCGCCCAACAAAAGAAGCAACAACCAAUCCCAGGGCAGGACUCAUCCGCACUUAUCACAUGCCUACCAAUCAGGCGAUAGGACUCACUUACCGGAAUUCUCGCAAGUUGUCAAUUCUGACCAGUCACCAUCCAGAGCAGCAGAGCACCGAGCCCUGGGGCGUGUUGCGGCCAAUCCUGACGUAGAAAAUCAGACAGAGCAGCUUAAGGCCAGUCUGGCUCACAGUGGCCAAUCACAGCAUUCCCAUGAUGCCCCUCUCGGGGACAAACCCGCGGAAGUCGGCACUGACAGGACGUUGGCUCAUUCACUUGUCAGCAAUAGUGCCCUUGCACCGAGUGGCAUCGGCAUGGCACCCCGUAACAGCCAUGAGGUCAGCACUGAAGCAAACACAGCGGACGUGCACAUCAUUGCACAUACGCCUUCCAAAGUUAGUCUCGUCAUCAACCAUUAUCAGAUGCUGUUUUUGUUGCGACUUCAGCAAUCUGUUCAGAAUCUACAGCAGUCCCUUGAAGCAGACCAGAACAUGUUUGCGUCCAAGGACAGGCCUGUCCCGCUGCUGAGUCAAGUGGUGGCCUUCGAGUGUCCAGACAUAGAAGCCUCCAUCGUCAUGCCACCUAUCCCUGGUGAUGAGGAUACCGAUGAAGAACCUGUGGAAGGCGGGGCAGGUGAUCUCCCCAACGGAAGGACUAGUGCAAGUCUUUCAGAGAUGGGCUCAGCGAGCGAUGUUGGAGCUUCAACUGACAGCGUCAGAAAUGACAAACCAAAAACGGACAAGGAUUUCGCCUACGAGGAUAAAGUGCUGACACAAUCGGCCUCCGAUAAGGGAUCGCCAGACAGCGACAUCCCAACGGUCGAAAUAUCCAGCUCCUCACCUGUGAAGGAGUUUAGAGGUGGGAGCAUUGGGAGCACAGAGGCAGGAGCGUUUCUCCAGCAGGAAUCUGUUGUACCAAACAACGGGCCACCAGGCGCGGUGCUCAUUACUGACAACGCACCGGCACGGACACACUCGCGCCAGCCAUCUGACGCUUCAUCUACUGGGAGCCGAUCGCAGCGGCGGAAGUCCCAAGAGAUGCUUCUGACGACCCACUCAGCAUCUGGAAGCCCCGUCUUCAGGAACAGUGACUCCACUCACCCUCCGCGGAGCUCCUCCCAGUCGGACCUGGCCCGGGUCCACCAGUUCUCUUUCUCCUCUUUACAGGAGAUCAAGACCGGCAGCCGGGCUGAGUCGAUGACCUCCCUGGACGAAUCAGUGGACCUUGACAUCAUCUCACUGAGCAGCGACUCCAGUGAGGGGUUCGUCAUGGCUGUCAAGGGGGACGGUCAGUCCGUGAGUAGUGGACAUGGUACGGAGACAGAAAGUGAUGCAGGUCAGGAACAGGGUAAACCUGCAGGAGAAAGUACUGAAGAGAUUGUGGAAGAUUACAGAAACAACAAAUUCAAACUGAAGAAGGUGUCAGUGGUGACCUUUCACCUCAUUGGGGUCACGGCCGCUGUAGAGGUCAACGGGCCUGACAUGGCCGUCAAAGCUCAAGUGAAUCGCCUGGAGCGGGAAGAAAAGGGCAAUGCGGACUUUAAGGAGUUCAUGUCUACCAUCUCAGCAGUAAUAACGUCACCGGGAAUGUCUAAUUCGCCAGUCAGAGUGCGGGGAAAGCUUUUUCGCUUUCCCCAGCUCGCAGGUGAGCGCAGUAGAAAGAGCAAACUGGACGACACAGAGCUGGAAGCAUCAGCCAAUGUACCGGUAGCGCUGUUGAGGUUACAGAGCGGACCCAAGGCAGACAUUCUAUCGCCAGGGGGUGGAGAAAGAGGAUUCCUGCAACUUGAGGUGUGCGGUCUGGUGACCACCUUCCGCAUGUCCACCAUGACCCAUCUUGGCAGUUUUGUGACGGACGAAACGAUAGGCGAUGCCAUGCCUAUGUCCAUCAGGGCGUUCAACUCAACAAUCGAGCUCAUGGAUGAUACUCCGCCCAUCUACCCGACCCAUCCUGGUCCCCAGCCCAUGUGUCUAGCAUUGUCAACCAUUCACGUACACCGCACGGCCGACGGUGUGUUCCACAUAGAAGGUGUGAGUGAUGCACCCAAAGUGGCCUCCAUUCCUCCCACUUUAGAGGACAAAACCCCAACAGCAUCCCCGGCCCAACUUGAAGAAGAGAAUGCACAACUCAUCGCUCAAGUUGUAAAAAUGAAGCGAGCUCUGGACGUCCUAGAAAACGAACGUUCAUCGCUCCUCGGAACCCUGGAGCACCUACAAGAAGAGUUGCUGACAGUGGACCGAGACAGAGACACACUGCGGAGUUCGGUCGUUGAGCUGUCCAGAAUGCUCAACGUACAGAGAUAAGUGGCCAAAUCCAAAAA